AUUCGGGUCGGACCCAGAAGUAGCUGCCGAGCCGCCAAUUCUUCCCGGGCCUCGUCAUUCAGGCAGGCCUCAAAUUCAAAGUCUCCUCGAAUCUGGUUAAACUCCCUGCGAUACUGUCUUCCACGUCUCUUCCCUAGCAACCAACAUAUCAAGGCUGGCCAUCCAUCAUGUCGAAGCUUUCCAACAGCCUCAAACAGCUCAUCAAUGCCCCAUUCGCACGUCCAAAUACCACUCCCGCACCUCAAGACAUCGGCGCGCUAUACAAUUCCAUCGGCAAGCAUGCAACUUCAAAGAAGGUCCCACCGGCGACAUGGCUCACGCUGACCGGAUCGGCAACAUUUACCCUCAAUUCCCCGGCCUCCCUCACGACCCUGUACAACACAUACACCUCUCACCAUAAAAGGGAGCGCAUCUCCGCAGCCGAACUCAUGCGGGAAGUCGGGCUCAAAUGUAUUGGCCUCAAUGGCGUGCCGCGCACGAUCAAUUGCCUGAACGCUUUCCAUCCCAAUCUACCCGAAGACGUGAAGGCAGGACUCACAAGAACACCCUCGCGAACGCCAAGCGCAGAUAACAUUGAAGCCACAAAACGCCGCGGCCGUGCCUUAUGGGAUAGUAUAUACCGGCCAUUCGAGGGCAAGUUGAUUGAUAAAUUGGCAUCCACACACCCUGAUCUGCCUGUGCAUAUCGUAAAUAGCGAGUAUGGACUGCUGUUCAGCGACCCACCAAGAGACGAUGUACCCGGUAGAGGAGUGGGAAGAAUAGGAAUGAGUGUUGUUGCGGUGGCGUGUUUGCGCGCACAGACAGGCGUCGGACCGCAGGUGCUGAGCCAUAUCUACGGGCUGAGAAAGAGUUUGGACGACGGAAGCUGGGAUGACGGAACUGUGAGCGAGGAGGGGGCGAGGUGGCUAGCGAGUGACGAGGGUGGAGAAUGGAUGUUAGGGAGCGUAGAUGCGAUUGUGGAGAAGGUCUCGAGCGGAGAGGGAGGAACAUUUGCAAAAGCGAAGCUGUAGGUGCCGUGAGCAGAAGAAGUUGUAAAUAUAAAUAGACGUAAAGGGAGAGAUAUGACUAUAGAAUCGUCUAUAUACUGCAUUUAC